AUGGCAUCUCUCCUCCGCCGCCUCCUGCCCACACGUAUCCCAAACACAAGCUCUCAACAACGCGACCACCACGCCAACGAGCGCACAUUCCUCUCAUGGACACGCGCAGGCCUCGGUUUCGCUGCAAUGGCCCUCGCCCUAGAUCGUCUAGACAAAAUUGACCGCGUCCUAUCUUCAAAAUUAAACCUCGGGGCUAUUUUCUCGCCACAGGCGCAAACACAGGUUCAAGAGUCACCCUCUCAGCAACCAGAGUCUCCUCAUUCUACAAAUAAGGACAAGACCCUAACCAAGGAUGGACCUAAUGUACCUUCGAAGACGCUCCAAUCUGGUAAUACUACCACUGCUAUGCUGUCACAUACUUUCUCCGCAUCCCGUUUGUGCCAAUUACUUGGCCUGUGGUCCCUGGGUUACGGGUUCUUCCGGUAUUGGUCGAUGAGGCGGUAUUUACUCCAGGGGCAAUUUGUGCCUGCGUUUUGGGGGCCGGUGUUUAUGACUGCGGGCAGUUUUGGGGCGUUUAUGAUGUUGGGAUUGCAGAUGGAGCGGCGGCAAUGGCAUAGUGAGUGA